AUGGAGGUUGUGCCACGAAACUCAGGAAAACUGAACACCCACUGCUUUGGGCCCCGGUCACCUGAAACGUGGCCCAGUGUUUGGCUGCCUGGCCAGCUUGAGACCAUUCAGGCUCCAGUCGGUAUCCCAUUUCAUUUGCCCACCUUACCAUUUUCACCCUUCUCCAGUCCACAUACCCUGCCACCCAUUGGGUUAUGCAUUCAUUCGGGCUGCAUCCAUUCCCUGCAUUGUCUUGCUAUUCGCCGACAGACUCACUUCAUCGGUUCAUUCAACUCCUCAUUGGUCAUUGCCAAUUCACACAAUUAG